UUCUACAGCGGCGAUGCGGAAAAAGGUUGUCACAGAAUUAAAGCGAAGGGUCUGUGACGCCACCACCGCAUUUUCACAACUCCCCUGCAACUACGCCGCACGUUAAUUGCUAUACGAACAUCAUUUAGAAAUAUUCACACUCUUUGAAUUAAUAAAUGUAUUUUAAUGAAUAGCGCGAGUGAAGCGAUGUUUUUCUUUACGUUUUUGUUGCUAGGCCUAAUUUCGGACUGGAUUCACACGCCAGGUAAUACUGCGGCCGCUGUGCUCCUCUCAGUUCGGCAGGAGCCGGAGGUGAUGGAAGUGGCGCCGGGCAGUAACGUUACCAUGAAAUGUCAUUAUCAGGGUAACUUCUCUGCAGGGGGGGAAAUUCGGGUUAGAUGGAAGUGCAAUAUAUCCAUUAUUGCCACAGAUCGUGUAAACGUAACCGUAAUCCAGAACGGAUCCUUCUAUCUGAACUUAACCUCCGUACGAAGGAAUGAGAGCGGUACGUACGUUUGUGAAGUGAUUCUAGAAAUUCCCAUAUUAUCACAUAUGGAAGGAAAAGGCACUGUCCUUAUUGUAACAGACUCAGCUGCCGUCAGUGAUACCCGAAAGCACAUCUUCUUCAUCGCUUUGUGGACGGCGCUGUCGAUGGCGGCGUUAACUGUGGUAACUGGCUUCCUAAUUUGCUGCAAGUACAAAAGAACUAAACUGGCCUCCAGCACCGGCGAAAACGAUUGUCAGGUAUCUGAUGCUCUGGAGUCCGAGGUCCAGUACGCGACGCUGAACGUCAGAUUAAAAUCCCCGCGCCCUGACAGCCGCGGCGGCCAAGGACAGAUUUCUAAUGUGAACACAUCUGCUGAGCCUACUAGUGUCGUGUACUCUACUAUUCGAUGAUUCAGACAAUCCGGUGAAGUUUUCCUGAAACAAAAUCUUUGACUUUCUAAUUUUCUAAGUUAUGUUAAUGGUAGCCUGUUGUUUAACAUACAUUAUAUAAUGAAUAGAACGUACUUUACUUUAGUUUGUGAUUUGAGCCUGUAAUUUAAUUUCAAUUUAGUACGAUGAGAUUAUUAUAUGAUGCAAAAUAUAUUGUUUAACUUGCAAAAUGUUUGUUCGUUGCAUCACAUUCAUCCGGUUCGAUGUGUUUGAAGGUCUUAAGGGGAAACUCCGUUUUAUCUUUUUAAUUAAAUGUGGCAUAAUGCUAUGCUGACAUUUUUUAAAUUAUGCAUGUUUUUAUCAUUGAUAUGUUACAUUUAAUUAUUACAUGCAUCAUAUAUAAAGUAUGUCAUAAUUGUGUGAUGCAAUA